AUGGAUACGGUGUCACUGCGACAGGCCUCAGAGUACAUGAAUUAUUUAGCAGGGCGACGACGACGACGAGAGCAGCGCCAAAAUAUGCUUGGCCAAAAUACAGCUGUCACGUCCUAUCAAAUUUCGCAUUACUUCACCGAAAGGGUUGCGGCUCGGAAAAGCCAUGUACACAAAGCGGUGCAUAUGAUUGCUAAGAUUGUUCAGGAAAUCCUGAAAGAAGUCGAGGCACAGGAACCACGAUUUAUUUCCACGCUAAUCGAAAAUAAUGGCCGAUAUGAAGGGGUAAGAACUGUUCGGCCUUGGAUCAACACAAUCAUAUCUUGGCAUCUCAGGAUCACAAAGCCCAAUGAAUUGGAAAAUGCCCGUAGAGCUCCCACUCAAAAACUCCUCUGUUUUCCAUUUUCAAACUUAAAAUUUAUUGUCAAUAUUCAUCCAUUUAUAGCUUGCAGCGACAAAACUUUCUAA